CAGGUCAAGGUGGCUCCACAAGACUGAGAUUGGAAAAUAGACCCGAUUGAUAGUUGGUGGUAUCUCCAAAAAUCGAGAGGACACUUAGCGAAAGAAUACCUAAUCUGAAAAUUUUCGAAAACUAUUGAUUCGUAAAGUACAAGUUUUUCCCACUUUGCAAGUACUAGAGAUCCAGAGUCAUUUCAAUUUAUCAUUGCGAGAAGUUUGACUUUUACGCUACCUAAGUCUAAGAAUUUCUUUACUUCUUUGCUUGAUUUCCCCUUUAUUCCUCCAUCUAACGACGAAAAAUGGGAAAGGGCGGCAAAGGAAAGGGCGGUUUCGGUAAGGGGAAGGGCAAGGGAAAGUCCUUUGAGCCAGAAGGACCCCCGGAGCGAGUGGAGGAACUUGGCGAGACGAUGCACACCUGCGAAGACCAGCUGAUCGUAAAAUGCACCCACAACCGAGUACCCCAGUUCAACGCAAGAAUAUUUCUGCAGAACAAGGAGCAGAUCGGUACUUUGAAAAUGAUAAUCGCAGCCAUGCAUCACAGAUCUACUUUUUAUACCUAGUUCGGCAUGAGAAGUUCCAAUGUAGUUCUUCUUGACGCAAUUUGUCAUGCGAUUUACACUACCCACAAUGCGAUUGCAGCAAUGCAUAUUUUGCAUUUCCAAAUUUUCUGCCAACCGAAAAUGAACCCACUAUUACAGGUAACCUCGACGAAAUUUUCGGGCCCAUCAACGACUACAUGUUCUCAGUAAAGAUGGCCGAGGGCAUGAAAGCAGGGUCAUUCAAGAAGGACAGCAAGGUGUUUAUCGACCCCAUGAAGACACUCGACUUCUCAAGGUUUUUGCCGCAGAAGGCCGGCGCAUCAGGCGGAAAGGGAGGAAAGAAAGGUAUACUACUUGUGAUGCUGAUGUUUCACGCAUGGUACUAUGGCUUUGCUUUUAUGCUCAAAUACGCAUGAGAAAUCAAAAUCUACUGACUGGUGUGAAUCUUCACGUUCAUCAUCAAUGUCAAACAUACACAAUUUUUCCCAGGUGGCAAGGGCGGAAAGGGAGGCAAAGGCAAGGGAGGCGACAAGGGUGGUAAGGGUGGAAAGAAGGGAGGCGCGGGAAAGGGCGGCGUGUCGAAGGGUGGCGGCAAGCCGUUCGCCGGCCGAGGCGGCAAGGGCAAGUAACUGGAGGAUAAAUGCAAGUCGAGUUGUAUUCGGCUACGAGUACGAACAGAACAAAACUUCAAAUCUAGCGAACAAAACUAACGACGCGUCUUCGGGAGCGACAUUUCGCAUGCUGUCACGGCGAAGGAAGCAGGAAGCAAUAGAACAACUACAGGACGCGGCCGACGCGCGGCCCGCGGUCAGAGAGGACGCUGUGAAAUGUUGUUUUCCGGAAAGAUGUGAUUGUCAUUUACUCACUUUUACGCAUUUUCAUAGAAAUCUUUGGUCAUUUGAAUUGUUAUGGUCUACUACUACACACGCAAAUUGACUGCGCACCGAAGAAGGAUGCUGGAAACCAGCACCGCUGCUUUUUGGGAUUGAGUAUUCAAGCAAUUCUAAAAGGAAUUGCAGCUGCAAACGAAUAAAAU